AUGAUGAAUGCGUGUUGCAAAGUUGUGUACGUGUGUGUGCAUGAGGGUUGUGAAUGCUUGUGAUGACUGAUGAAAAGAACAACAUCGAGAAAGUCAAAACGAUUCGUCGCUUGUUUUAUCCUUCACAAUGGAAACGGCUGGUCUCGCGACAAUAUUAGCAUUAGUCCAGUAUAGCCUCUGUGCUUAUUCUGAGGCUGCUGGGUCAGGAGCUGUUUGGGCUUUGGCUUGUCCUUGUCCGACAUAAAUAGUUAUUAGUUUGUCUCGAAGCUUUCGGAUAUUCAAAAAUGUCUCCAACCAUCAGAGGUUCAUGCGAUGAAACGCCGUCAGACUCGAUGUCCGAUUUGAGGCAUGAACAUUCGUCACUGGUAGGUUGUACUUCGACUGUGGCAGAGACCUCCGAUUGCGAUUCAGGCGUAGACGAUACGUCUUCUUGGGACGAGUCAAGGAGAGGUUUGGGCCUUCAUGCCAAGUCGUGGCCUCUCAACUCACUCCGUCAUUUGGAGCAGGUACGCUCUGCCCUCCGGUCCUGUUCGCCAGGGAAGAAAUCGCUGCGCUUCGCCGAUUCAUACGGAUUGCCGCUCGUUUCCGUGCUGCACUAUCGUCAGUUUGAGAGUGUCGAGGAGUUUCGUGAUGGCAUGCUGGAAGGGAAACUUGGAGGUGCUGGCGGUAAAUCGUGGUCCAGCACCAGGAGUGCUAUGGAAGAUGCAUGGUCAUGGGAGGACAACUUGGAGCUUUCCCUGAGCUCAGCCAGAAGUUCUUGCAAUCCGUGUGGCCGAGCCAAUAGCUGGGAUCUGCCGUCAACAAUGAAACUGCGCCGUGCCGGCAAGGCAGGUAGGAUGAGUAAGCUAUCACACGGCAAGGCAGACAAAUCUGAUGCUGAAGCGGCAGCUCAUACGGACACAAGUCCGCUGACAGCGUCGACGGCGAAUCUUCGACUGGAAGGCGGUGCACUUCCCGCAUCGGCGUUGCGUGAUCGCCUGGCUCGUCAACAAGUCUGCCUGGAAUACGUCAGCUUGCAAGAUUUCAGCGUCUUCGGUUCGAUCGUCGUGUCGAACAUCAGCUUUGAAAAAGAAGUGUCGCUUCGCUACACUAUUGACAACUGGGCUACAUCAUGCAAUCUUACUGCAUCGUACGUGACUGGAUCCACGUCCCAAGAUGGCUCCUCCGAUCGAUUCUCGUUCACUUACGUCUUGCCCUCGCCGUCCACGUCCGCCUCUGGCAAGGUGCCGCCGCGCCUGGAGUUUGCUGUCUGUUUUAAAACGCCGUUGGGAGAGUACUGGGACUCGAACGAUGGCAAGAAUUUUGCAAUUGUUCCCGUGUAAGUAGGCCCAAUGUCUUGUGCCCUUCCGGCCGUGUUCAGAGCUUAUUAAUACGGACUCUAUUUUCAGCUUGUUCGCUUCGUUGAAUUGGGACAGAUCAAUGCCCACAGCAGUGUGUUGGCGUUGUAUGCUUUCUUCAAAGUAUUUAUUAUACAGCUUGAAUUCUUCUACUAUAUUAUUAUUUGUGUGCGUGUGUGUGUCAAAGUGACCUGUCUGACAUGUGUGCCUCAAAUCCUCCUGAUCUGUCUUAUCCUGCCGUACCUGUGGAGCUGAUCUCGUCGCUAUAUCAACUGGACACGUGCAGUGCCACAGUCCGCCGUCACUUGCAUUCCCGGCUUAGUUAUUGUGUGUGUGUGUGUGUGUGCGACCGAGCACCGAGUAACGUUACAGUGUUGAGUACUGGUAGUAGCAGUAUUCCUUCUCUCGCCCUACAUCUGCUGCGCCACGAUGCCGCACCAUCCUCUCCAGCAAUGUCUGAUCCUUAUCCCAAACUCUUACCCAUUCACAUCCAGGUUUUUUUUUAAUUAGUGUUUACAACCACCCACUGUGUUCUGAUCUGAGCCCAAGCUAAAUUUCUUAUGUUUUCACGAUUUACUAGGACGCCAUUGGCCAUUACCCAUCCUAACUAUGUCAUAUGCUCAUAUUAUUAGACCCUUGAUGGCGGGUUCUCAAGAUUUAUCGAGUUCCCGAAAAAUUCUUACGAUCACUCAUGAUAGUCUAUCCGUUGUUAUCUGCUUCGAGCAACGAUUCCACGUUUCUUACCUCCCUGGAUUUACAAUGGUGCUAGUCAAAUUAGCCGCUCAGCCCUAGUCUUGGUUUGGUUUAGCAAGACUCCAUAUUAAUGCUUAGGUCUAGUCAUGUAGAGUAGUGUCAGGUGCCUGUGUGUGUGUCCUGUGCAUGUACCGUACUUUAGUUCUCUGGAGCAGCUUUCUCUGCAUAUGAUAUGGACAAUGAAUGAUUGGUACGAAUGAA